AUGAAAAGAAUUCAUUCAGUGAUCAAGAACAAGAGUGACUCGGACGAUGAUCUCGACGACGUUCUUGGACUGUUCAGUGGAAACCAUUAUGAAGCUGUUGAAGCAAAAAAAAGACUUAGAAAAGCGAAAUAUCAGAGAGAAAAGCAAAAACAAAACGAAGCAAAGAAUUUAAACCAACAAAUCGAAAGUAGAAAAGACUACAAUGGUAAAAAUUACUAUCAUCAACCUCAACAUCAAACAACAAUAACCGUCUCCAGAAACGGGACAAAUAUACGCGCAAACCGCGAUCCACUAUAUGGUACACUUAAAGAUGGAAUGGUACCAUCACUUCCUCCACCUCCUCCUGAAAUGUAUCCAGAUUUCACAGAAGGAAUCCCAGAAUCAAGGGCUGAAAUUGAAGAGCCUUUCAAUCCUAAGGCUCCUCCACCACAGCUCCGUCCAGAAACGAAGUCAGCAGUAGGAACAGCUUAUGGAAUUCAAGUUGACGUUCCGAAAGCACCAAUACCUACGAAAUUUGUAUCUGCUGGAAGCAAGAGACAAAACCAGAUUAUUAAUCCUACCCCUUACAUGCCUUACGACUACCAAUUACAACAAUAUAACCAAUACAUCUCUCCAGGAAUGAGUAUUGGAGAACAAAAUGGUUAUGUUGGACCUCCUAUCCCUGUUGAUAUGAUAUACAGACGUGAUGAUUCUCAGCCAUUUUAUCCAGAAGGAUAUCCACUUGGCCCAUUCCAUUAUGGCGACCAUCCUCCACCUAUCGGACAAGGUCCAUAUCAAGAGACAUACUUGGAACCUCAAAAAUCCCAGUUUGAUCCGUCAAAUCGUAAUGUCCCAAUUGAAAACGAUGGAAUUGUUAUUUCAUCACCUAAUAUGGCCUUCAACUACCAAUAUAACGUUAAGUCUCAGCAACGCCUUUCUGCUUCUUCCGGAAUUCAGAUAACUCCAAGAGAAAAAACUUGGGUUCAACCAGCACAGAUGAAUGCUGGAAACAAGACAUUUACUGCUACAACAGGAACAACAAAACUCCCUGAAAAAGUCCCAACUUCACUCGGAGUUUUGACAAUUGGAAAAUCUAAGGUAAAUCCAAACCAAUUCAAGCUGGAAGUUCCUCACCGUGGUGGUAUUAAUAUAGAAAUAGGUCAUACACAAAGCCAAGAGACCAAACAAGAAGAAGCAGAGAAAAAUGAAUAA